UAAGGGGUCCUGAGGCCGGUCGUGUGCCACACUCGGUACUCACACGAGCUGAUCUGCUCUCCGGCGAGAUCACUCGGGAGACCGACUGGGAGCGUGGCCCCUGCAGCAGACGAGGCGAGGAGGUGAAACCCAGCUCCAGGUGCGCCCCAGCACCUUUCCUGGCCGUGAAGCCCGCAGCGGCCACAGGGUUGGCCUGGGCCAUUUGGAACGUAAGUGCGCCCCGGCGGCCCUACCCUCUGUCCGGGCUCCUGUCCUCCAGGCGCCCUCCUACCUGCCCGUCGGUCCUGUGCCACGCAACGAUGCCGGCCCCUCUGGAGAAAUGCCUCUCGGACCUCGACUGCGCCAGCAGCAGCAGCAGCGACCUGUCCGGCUUCCUCACCGACGAGGAGGACUGUGCCGGGCUCCAGCCGCCAGCUUCCGCCUCGGGGACGCCCGUGCCAGUGCGCAGGGGCGCUCCCGCGGUUCCUGCAGCUUCCAAUACUCCCCGGGCGCAAGACGACGAGCAGGAGCGGCGGCGGCGCAGGGGCCGAGCGCGUGUGCGCUCCGAGGCGCUGCUGCACUCGCUGCGCAGGAGCCGGCGUGUCAAGGCCAAUGACCGCGAGCGCAACCGCAUGCACAAUUUGAACGCGGCUCUGGACGCGCUGCGCAGCGUGCUGCCCUCCUUCCCCGACGACACCAAGCUCACCAAGAUCGAGACGCUGCGCUUCGCCUAUAACUACAUCUGGGCUCUGGCCGAGACUCUGCGCCUGGCCGAUCAGGGACUGCCCGGGAGCGGUGCCCGGGAGCGCCUCCUGCCGCCGCAGUGCGCCCCCUGCCUGCCCGGGCCCCCGAGCCCCUCCAGCGACGCCGAGUCCUGGGGCUCCGGUGCAGCCGCCUCUCCCUGCGCCGCCGCGGCCUCGCCACUCUCUGACCCCAGUAGCCCCGCUGCCUCGGAAGACUUCGCCUACGGCCCCGGCGACCCCCUUUUCUCCUUCCCCGGGCUGCCCAAAGACUUGCUCCACACGACGCCCUGUUUCAUCCCUUACCACUAGGCCCUUCAGGGACACCGUUACCUUCCCCCUCCCAAGGCAACAGGCAGUAGAUGGAGCCCCAGCUGCAGUCUCAGGACCCCCAGUCUGGGCGGAGGGAGGAAGCGGGAGCUUUAAAGGGGUGGGAGAUACCUGAGCCGCUUGUUAGGUCGCUGCACCCUCGCCGCCGUGGCUGCCCCUUGGUCUGUUUCUCCAGCCCUCAGCCCUGGGCCCCUCCUGCCCGCCCCUAGACGGCCUUUCCUUUUGCACUUUCUGAACUCCACAAAACCUCCUUUGUGGCUGGCUCAGAGCUGACCCCAGCCACCACUUCAGUGUGAUUUAGAAAAGGGACAGCUCAGCCCCUGAAGACGAGGUGAAAAGUCAAUUUUACAAUUUGUAGAACUCUAAUGAAGAAAAACGAGCAUGAAAAUUCGGUUUGAGCCGGCUGACAAUACAAUGAAAAGGCUUAAAAAGGAGAGACAAGGAGUGGGCUUCAUGCAUUAUGGAUCCCGACCCCCACCACUGCAGGCUUGCUCUAGGAAGAACCCAGACUUGCGUAGCUAUUCAGGCACGGGGCUGGAAAGUACUUUAAUUUAUUCAAGAUGCUUCUUUCAUAUGAAAAUGUAUUUUUGUACAUAAAGAGUUUAUUCUAUUAUUAUGAGGUAUCAAAGUUUACAUUUUUGUACUGCAGAUGUUUCGUGUAAAUAAAAACGAAGUAAAAAAAUAAGUCACCAAGUUUCUCGCCUCAUGUUGGUGUCUCUCUGAGGCUUUCUUCCCAUCCCCUGGCGGCUCAACCACUAAAGUGAAACACUAUCCUCACCCACCUCCAAACUCUCCACUCCCUUUUCAAAAACACUUAAAAAUAUACAAUGCACUUGAUUUCCACCAAGAAAUGGAUAAAGACGGGCCAGGGCAUUUGGGAGACAUCAUUUCCUUUCACCUUAUAAGCACAAGGGAGAUCUUUCAGGCUCCCCGUAAGCCAAUUAAGACUUUUUAGUGGGGAAUUAGCCCCGGAUAUGCAGCUACCUGUAGAGGUAGGGGCGGUGGGAGACUCUUUCUUUUGAGGAACUCCACAUCAGCUGGCUCUGUGUUUCAAAGAGAGGGGAUUAAAAAGAUCAAUACAGUGUGACCACUGGCUAGGAAGUCCCAGUGACAGGUGGGCCCAGGCUGGGCAAGCAGAAGGGUCCACUCUUAUAACAGCC